AUGGGACCUCACGGCAUCAACCGGGCCAUCGAGAGAUUGGAGUUCUGUGACUGCAAGAAAGGACUGGGGUUGAAAAUCAUAGGUGGCUACAGAGAUCAAACACGGGAAGAGUUUGGGAUCUUCAUCAAGCGGGUGUUACCGGGAGGUCUGGCUGCUCAGGAUGGACGGCUUAGAACGGGCGACCUCGUUUUGGAAGUCAAUAAUAUGAGUUUAGGUGGACGAGUAACCAACGAGAGGGCGGUUGAUAUCCUCCGAUCAGCGUCAGCCUCCAAUCACAUGUCUCUGAUGGUUGCCAGGGAUGAUGAAAGCAGGCGGGAGUUCAUAGAGUUGAUGAAUAAGUAUGGUUCUCAAAGCAGUUUUAAAGGAAGCUCAGGGAGAGUCUCCCCUACACAACUGUCUACAGGAGACAAGACAGACACGGCCUCCUCCUCUUCCUCCUCCAGAUCUACCAGUCCCACCAGCCAGCUCCUCAGCCCUAAAGAGGGGGUCACAGGACCCCCUUUCACCCCUGGACCCCUCUAUACCACUGGCCCCCCCUACACAUCGAACCCUAACACAACCCCUACACAGCACGUCUUCAAUAACGUCAUUCAGUUGAUAUGCAUCUCAAAGGGAACAGGCCUGGGCCUCAUCAUAAAAGGCGGAGCUAACCGAGCCGAGGGACCAAUGGUGUUGAUUCAGGAAAUAAUACCUGGAGGAGACUGCCAGAGGGACGGUAGACUACAGCCAGGAGAUCAGCUGGUGUCGAUUAAUAAGGAGUCGUUAGUUGGAGUGACCUAUGAGGAGGCGAGAAGUAUCCUGACAUGCACCAAACUCAGACCAGACCCUACGGUGGAGAUAGCGUUUAUGAGACACAGGUCUUCCUCCAGCUCUGCUUCCUCCAGCAGUGGCCCCCAGAGCCCUAUCACCCCCCAGGGCCCAGUCAGCGGAGCCCCCACAGUGCCUCCCAUCAGGAAAGAGACCAUGGCUGUGCUGGGGGCCCUGCCUCUCCCUGCAUCACUGCUCCAGCACAGGAGAACCACACUCCCUGCAGCCCUCCCUGGGGUUCCCCUGGUGGUGCCCAAGAUCACCUCCACCCUCAACCCCGCCAGCGAGACCCUGCCAUCUGUCAACCUUAGCCAAGUUCGAAUGAGAACAGAACAGAUGUGUGUCUCCUCCCCCCGUCAGAGUCCCAGCACCACAGAUGCCAAGCCUGAAUCCUACCCUGCCUGUCAGCCAAACAGCAUCCAGCAAACACCACACAGGAAGUGCUCCCUCAGCUCCAUCAGUCGCCUCAAACUGGAGAGGCUGGAGCAGGCUCUGGAUGCAUUAGGACUGAAUCCUACGGAGGCACAGAGACAGACGUUGAGGGCCAGACUGCGAACAGACCCUGCUGGGACCGUGGCCUACGCAGACUUUGAGACACUGACACGGGAGCUGUUCAAGCUUCAGUUUGAGGAGUCAGGGGCCGGAGGUCAAGGCUCCAGGUUCGUGUCCGAUGACCUCUCCAGUCUCCUAGAGUCACCUACCAACACGCCUUCACUGUCUGACUCUGAUGACCUGGAGGAGAUGGAGAGACUGAGGAAAGACCACAUCGAGGCUCUGAGAGACAUCAAGAAACUACAGGAGCAGUUGGCAGAGUCAGAGAGAUUUCACCUGCAGAUGCAGGAAGAGCUGAACAUGGUCAAACAGGAGGUAAAGUCUGGGACGGAUGAGAGCCGUGCUCUGCGGAGCCGGAUCCACCUGGCUGUAGCAGCCCAGAAGCAGGCCAGGGGGAUGGAGAUGGAUUAUGAGGAGGUGAUCCAUCUCCUGGAGGCUGAGAUAGCCGAGCUCAAGGCCCAGAGGAACGAACAGCAGCAGCCCGGCCAGGCUAAGGAUGAGGUGGAGGAGCUGAAGAAGAGAGUGGCCGUUCUGGAGUGUCAACUACGUAAGAACGAGGGGGCCAAAAAGGGGUUUGAGGUGUCCAUGGGAAAACUGCUCAACUUUGUGGAGAAUGUUCAAGACUUCCUCAUUGAAAACCAAGGUCCCGUGAAGAGCUGUAGCUCUCGUGACAUGAAGCCCAGCGCUUCCUCUCAACCCCUGGGAGCCCGUGUGGGGAAGAAGUCCCAGUGGACGACGGCUACGCUAGCUGCAGAGGCUAAAGAACUCACACGGACUGUUAGAGCCAUCCUCGAGGUGGGCUGUAAGUGAUCUAUCAUCUUUACUCGACGUGUUACGAGUCGACUUGCUGCAUGCCUGCAUAUCGUCUCUAUCCCUGGCCUAGCAUGCAAAUCCAAUCAGCUCAACAAUCACCACCGUAGUUUUGAAACCAACCUAAACGAACUGGAUAACAGACACCAAACCAACCAAAUCACCUCAAUAGUUACUAUGCCAACCAAAACCAACUGCAUAACCGACAUCAAACCACCUAGUUGCUAAGCCAAGUUAAACCAACCGGAUAACCAAAACCAAUCAGCUCAUCAUACACCAAGCCAACCUCCAUAGUUACCAAGCCAACCAAAACCAACUGGAAAACCGACACCAAUCCACCUCUGUAGUUACUAUAAACAUAAUCUCAAUAGUUGUUUUUUAGUGGAGCAGCCUGUAAGGAAAUGAAGGACAUCCUUGCACUGGAGUAUGCGACAGCAGAAUUAAAGACAAUACAGCAGCUAAGGAACCUUGAGAUGUUCAGCCUCUGUGUCCAGUGGAGUUGAAUGGACCAGGGACUGAGUGUUAAGCAACCUUGAUGUUCAGCUUCUGUCCAGUGGAGUUAAAUGGACCAGGGACUGAGAGUUAAGCAACCUUGAUGUUCAGCUUCUGUCCAGUGGAGUUAAAUGGACCAGGGACUGAGUGUUAAGCAACCUCGAUGUUCAGCCUCUGUGUCCAGUGGAGUUGAAUGGACCAGGGACUGAGAGUUAAGCAACCUCGAUGUUCAGCCUCUGUGUCCAGUGGAGUUAAAUGGACCAGGGACUGAGAGUUAAGCAACCUCGAUGUUCAGCUUCUGUCCAGUGGAGUUAAAUGGACCAGGGACUGAGAGUUAAGCAACCUUGAUGUUCAGCCUCUGUGUCCAGUGGAGUUAAAUGGACCAGGGACUGAGAGUUAAGCAACCUUGAUGUUCAGCUUCUGUCCAGUGGAGUUAAAUGGACCAGGGACUGAGUGUUAAGCAACCUCGAUGUUCAGCCUCUGUGUCCAGUGGAGUUGAAUGGACCAGGGACUGAGAGUUAAGCAACCUCGAUGUUCAGCCUCUGUGUCCAGUGGAGUUAAAUGGACCAGGGACUGAGAGUUAAGCAACCUCGAUGUUCAGCCUCUGUGUCCAGUGGAGUUAAAUGGACCAGGGACUGAGAGUUAAGCAACCUCGAUGUUCAGCCUCUGUGUCCAGUGGAGUUAAAUGGACCAGGGACUGAGAGUUAAGCAACCUCGAUGUUCAGCCUCUGUGUCCAGUGGAGUUAAAUGGACCAGGGACUGAGUGUUAAGCAACCUCGAUGUUCAGCCUCUGUGUCCAGUGGAGUUAAAUGGACCAGGGACUGAGUGUUAAGCAACCUCGAUGUUCAGCCUCUGUGUCCAGUGGAGUUAAAUGGACCAGGGACUGAGAGUUAAGCAACCUCGAUGUUCAGCCUCUGUGUCCAGUGGAGUUGAAUGGACCAGGGACUGAGUGUUAAGCAACCUCGAUGUUCAGCCUCUGUGUCCAGUGGAGUUAAAUGGACCAGGGACUGAGUGUUAAGCAACCUCGAUGUUCAGCCUCUGUGUCCAGUGGAGUUAAAUGGACCAGGGACUGAGAGUUAAGCAACCUCGAUGUUCAGCCUCUGUGUCCAGUGGAGUUAAAUGGACCAGGGACUGAGUGUUAAGCAACCUCGAUGUUCAGCCUCUGUGUCCAGUGGAGUUAAAUGGACCAGGGACUGAGAGUUAAGCAACCUCGAUGUUCAGCCUCUGUGUCCAGUGGAGUUAAAUGGACCAGGGACUGAGAGUUAAGCAACCUCGAUGUUCAGCUUCUGUCCAGUGGAGUUAAAUGGACCAGGGACUGAGAGUUAAGCAACCUCGAUGUUCAGCUUCUGUCCAGUGGAGUUAAAUGGACCAGGGACUGAGAGUUAAGCAACCUCGAUGUUCAGCUUCUGUCCAGUGGAGUUGAAGGGACCAGGGACUGAGUGUUAAGCAACCUCGAUG